GAUGGUGAACCUGGCGGCCAUGGUGUGGCGCCGGCUUCUGCGGAAGAGGUGGGUGCUCGCCCUGGUGUUCGGGCUGUCGCUCGUCUAUUUCCUCAGCAGCACCUUCAAGCAGGAGGAGAGGGCAGUGAGAGACAGGAAUCUCCUCCAGGUUCAAGACCAUGAUCAGCCCAUUCCGUGGAAAGUGCAGUUCAACUUGGGCAAUAGCAGUCGGCCAAGCAAUCAGUGCCGUAACUCCAUUCAGGGGAAGCACCUCAUCACGGAUGAGCUAGGAUAUGUUUGCGAGAGAAAGGAUUUGCUGGUGAAUGGCUGCUGUAACGUCAACGUCCCUAGCACAAAGCAGUACUGCUGCGACGACUGCUGGCCCAAUGGCUGCUGCAGCGCCUACGAGCAUUGUGUCUCCUGCUGCCUGCAGCCCAACAAGCAACUUCUCCUGGAGCGCUUCCUUAGCCGGGCAGCUGUGGCAUUCCAGAACCUCUUCAUGGCAGUGGAAGAUCACUUUGAGUUGUGCCUGGCCAAAUGCAGGACCUCUUCUCAGAGUGUGCAGCACGAGAACACCUACAGGGAUCCCAUAGCCAAGUACUGCUAUGGGGAGAGCCCACCCGAGCUCUUCCCCGCAUGACGAUGCCGCCCACUUGCUCUGCGUCGGAGGGGAGGCCCCGCCGCACAACUUGUCCUGGUGCGGACUUCAGCACUCGGGCCAGGCCACGGCAAGAACACGAAGGCGGCGUGAGGAAACCUUGGCUUCAGCCACGUCUUGUGUUGUAAUCUUUGGCUUUGCUCACCGGCCGGGCCUACCAGAUGGAACUCUUCUGGAAAGCAGCGUGGAGCCUGCAGCCCGUCCCGUUCGAGAAGAUGAAGCCACAGGCCGAGCUCAUGGUGGCGCAGUCUUGGCUGACUUGACUCUGGCGCCUGCACGGGGACCUGUGACUUGUGUUUGUUGGGAACCAGGUGUCACUUCCAGUUGUGAUCCAGGUCCUUUCACUGUAAAAAUUAUUUAUUGGAUUCCUUUGGAGCAGUGGAAAAUUGUAAUGUUUUAUGUAGGAAAACACCUUGCCUUUCACUUGAAUAUAUUCAAGGAAAUUAUUUUUAUUGUUGUUCCUGUGUUAUGUCAUCCCUUCACCCAGAUAAAAUGUUUUGUCUUUUAGAACAUGGA